AUGGAUUCCCUUGGCUGGGCCCAGCUACAACGUUCAUGGCGCUUCUGUCUCACUGGUCUGCUACUGCAGCUGCUUCUGGCUGUGUGCUUCUUCUCUUACCUGCGCGUGUCUCAAAAUAAUGCCACUGGGUCCCCUAGGUCAGGGCUCACCAUAAUGGAACCUGUCACCAUGGCUCCCAGUGUGUCGGCGGGGCCCCCCACCCUCCCACCGUUGCUGAUCCUGCUGUGGACAUGGCCAUUCAACAAACCCGUGGCUCUGUCCCGCUGCUCAGAGAUGCAGCCUGGCUCAGCCGACUGCCAGCUGACCGCCAACCGCAGCAUGUACCCGCAGGCAGACGCAGUCAUCGUACAUCACUGGGAUAUCAGCUCCAGGCCACAGUCGCAGCUCCCACCUUCCCCGAGGCCACCAGGGCAGCGCUGGGUGUGGUUCAGCCUGGAGUCACCCAGCAACUGCCGGCAGCUGAAAGCCCUGGAUGGCUACUUCAAUCUCACCAUGUCCUACCGCAGGGAUUCGGACAUCUUCACACCCUACGGCUGGCUUGAGACAUGGCCUGGCCAGCCUGCUGAUGGGCAAGUCAACCUCUCGGCCAAGACCAAGCUGGUGGCCUGGGUGGUGUCCAACUGGAAGGCGGAUUCGGCCAGGGUGCAGUACUACCAGAUGCUGAAAACUCAUCUCAAAGUGGACGUGUACGGGAAGGCCCACAUGCCGCUGGCCCGGAAGACCAUGAUGGAGCAGCUGGCCCAGUACAAGUUUUACUUGGCCUUUGAGAACUCCCUGCACCCUGACUAUAUAACCGAGAAGCUGUGGAAGAAUGCCCUGCAGGCCUGGGCCGUGCCCGUGGUGAUGGGUCCCAGCAGGAGCGGCUAUGAACAGUUCUUGCCUCCCGAUGCCUUCAUCCACGUGGAAGACUUCCAGAGCCCCAAGCACCUGGCCGAGUACCUGCAGCUGCUGGACAAGGACCACGCCCGCUACCUGAGCUACUUUCGUUGGCGGGAGACGCUGCGGCCUCGCACCAUCAGCUGGGCCCUGGCUUUCUGCAAGGCCUGCUGGAAGCUGCAACAAGAAUCCAGGUACCAGACAGUGCCAAGCAUAGCUGCUUGGUUCACAUAAGGUGGGCAGCCUGGAGCCUGGACUGCUGGGGCCUCACCUUCCUGGGACCUCACCUGUGUGGGGCUUCACCUGUUGGAGUCCUUGGUUGCCAGAUAUCUCACUUAACCUGGGACAUCAUCUGCUGGGUGUCUCUGCUGCCAGAAACCUUGGCUUUGGGUACCUCACCUGCCAAGGCCUUCACCUGCUGGCUACCUUGUGUGUUAGGGACUUUACCUGCUGGGGACUUCAGCUGUUGGGGACUUUACUUGGUGGGGACCUGCUACCAGAGAUUUGUCUCACUGGCUGCUGCCUGCUAGGAGCCUCACCUCCUGGGGACCACAGCACUCAGCCCCUGGGGAACUGGCUGUCUUGGGGUCCCAACAACUAGUGACAGUUCUGGCUAAUGUGCUUGUGAUUAUUAUUGCUGUUGUGAACUGCCUAUGUGGUACAAUGAUGAUGUCACCAUUUUCCAGAUGGGAAUGUUGCAAGGAAAA